AUGUGCUGUUUUGGGUCAUUCUACAGAGAUGUGCUCACCAGUUCAAGAAGAAAAUGCAGAGCAAGUGAACAUGGCUGGUUACGCGCCCACGCUAAGAAAGCAGUACUACUCUUACUCAAUCACAAUCCUAGUUGGAGAGACCACCCCAACCUCAGCUAUGGAGGGAACAGGCAGACUAAUUUCGUGCCAAAUCGACAACAAGGGUACCAGCAGCAAUACCAACCCCUACCACCUCCGCCACCGAGCUCUAGUCCAUCUUUGGAGGAGAUGAUGAAACAACUGAUAGCAACUACAGCGCAAAAUCAGCAAAGGACGGACUCCGAAAUGCAGAGCAUAAGAAAUCAGAUGAGUCAAAUGGCCACAACCAUCAACCGUUUGGAGUCCCAAGUCCAACGUAAAUUGCCGUCUCAGCCUGAAGUGAACCCGAAGAAUGUAAGCGCGAUGACCCUAAGGAGCGGGAAGGAAAUCCAAGAACCCGACCCUGUGAUUCCUAAGGACAAGGACGAGGAACGAAUCGAGAAAGAGUUGGAAGAAGAGGGCAGAGAUACCAAAAAUCCAAAGGUAACCUCGGAUCCAAUCAUUGCAGUUAGGACUAAUCCACCUCCCUUUCCUAGCAGGUUAGAAAAACCAAAGAAGCAAGACAAGGAGAAAGAGGUCCUGGAGAUCUUUCGCAAGGUGGAGAUCAACAUUCCCUUACUGGAUGCGAUCAAGCAAGUACCUCGAUAUGCAAAGUUUUUGAGAGACUUGUAUAUCAACCGAAGGCGGUUGAAAGGAGAUAAGCGAGUGGUGGUGGGGAAAAAUGUGUCAGCAAUGUUACAAAGGAAGUUUUCACCGAAAUUCGGGGAUCCAGGUAUAUUCACCAUUCCCUGUAGGAUAGGUAAUACCUUAAUUGGGAAGGCCAUGUUAGACCUAAGAGCUUCGAUAAACGUCAUGCCAAAGUCCAUAUACGUCUCUUUGAAUUUAGGGCCUUUAAAAGAGACUGGUAUAAUAAUUCAACUGGCUGACAGAACCAAUGCAUACCCUGACGGGUUGAUCGAAGACGUUUUAGUGAAAAUUAAUGAACUGGUUUUCCCUGCUGAUUUUUAUGUGCUUGACAUGGAUGAUGAACACUCCCAUGACCCCUCAUCUUUAUUGUUGGGCAGACCCUUUUGA